AAAAAAUAAAACUGUUACUGAAAGAACUCUGGAUAUGCAUUGACGGUGCCACAGGAAAAAGAGAGAAUCAGGAAAAUGAUUACAUCUUGGCCUCUGGUCAGCAUAAGGCACGGCCUGAGAAACGAAGACACCUUGUUACACAAGAAACUGUACGAACUCGCCCCAAGAUGAGGACACCUGACAAAGUGCUGCCUUGGCAUUCUGUGCUAGACAGUGCUGAGAAACAGAAAUCUGUAGCUGCCACGCAGCUUCAAGUCGGUACAGAGCCCCUUGGAGAUGACCAUCUUGAAAAUGGGACUACUGCAGAAGGUCUGCAAGGUUGUACUAAUGAUAGUGCUUUUUGUGAGGACAAAACUAUAGAUGUUAUAGUACAGACAGAAGGGGCACACAGCAGUUCAGACUUUUCUGAACAGGAGCAAAAAAGCCCAUGUGGAAACGUGAUGGAUAUUUUAAGUUGGGCCAGGCCUCUCCCUGCUCUGCUUUCUCCAGUGCAGCUUUCACCACUAGCUACAGAGGAUGUGUUGUUUGGAGAGGUCACGGAUUCCAGCGAUGAAGAGGUUGAUUGCGGUGUCUCUGCAGUGGAGGGUGUUUUAGAAGAAGGCAGAGCUCAGCCUUGGCAUUGUAACGUACUCGGCCUGAGUGAAGAGCAUGCUCUUGAUGCAGGAGUUUUGGGUAACCUGAGAAGCAGUGAAAAGGCUGUUCAUGCUGGUCCAGAGAUGCUAAGUAAGGAGGAGGGAGAUGCUUCAACGGAGCAACGUGAGGCGACUAUUUCAAUUAUGAGCAUGGAAUCUAGCAAAGAGCUCUUGGAGAAGAACUCUGAGAAUGUGAAAACUGAGAAGAUAGAACUACCAGACAUAACAGCACAUAAUCUGGAAGCCAUUCAAGAAGAGAGAGGAGAUAUUGAGGACAUGCCCACUGAAUGUGGAACCUUUUCAACUGAUCAUAUGUUAGGCGGUUUCCCACCUCAGAAUUGGAUGGAAGAAUGUGAUGAGGUAGAGCAAAAAGAGGAGAAUGUAGUCUUAAUUGGAGCUGUUGAUUACGAGGGUAAGUGUGAAAACGCUGGUGAACCAUCUCCUGCUUUCAUUAACUCAUCAUCAGAGAGAGAAACUACUGGGGCUGUGUCUGUUCCCCAAAAUAUUCCCUUGCCUCCUGAGCAAAGCGUGUUUUUGCUUCAAAGUGACAAUUCUGAGGAGAAAUCUAUUGUUUUGGCAGAGAAUGAAGUAGUUGAAAAUGGAGUCAAAGAUGUAACCAAAGUAAAUAAUAUGGCAAGUGAUACAGAAGAAAACAUAGAACAAAUGGUAAUUGGAGAGGAAGUAACAGCUGCAGCACAGGUAGAAGGAUCCUGUGCAGAGACAAAUAACGAGGCGAGGCUCUCUGAAAACAUGCAGUCUGACUGCAGUAAUUCUGAAUUCUGUGAAGCAGAGCCUGCUGAGGACCUCAUGCUGCAGCGUCACGGAGAGAGCGUGGAGACUGAGGGAGACACUGGAGCUCCUGAGGUCUCUGCUCACUCGCAGAGCUCUGAAAUGAGACAAGAUGGGGAAGAGAUACUGAAGAAACAACGUGUGCCUAAAGAAAAAUACCAAGGGGAUGAAGACCGCAGAGCGGAGACCUGUAACGUUUCCAGACAUCACUUGCUUGUAUUGGCUACUGAAGAAAUCAGAAACUCACUGUAUGUAGAUGACAAAGGGAGAAAUGCAGGUGUGGACAGGAUUUCUUCCUGCUCACCUGUUCCAAAAGAUGAUGAAGAGCUCAAGAUGCAAGAGGUGAAUGCUCCCAAGCCUGAGACUAUUGAACUAGCCUUGAGCUUGAACAAAGAUGAUGUUCCAGAAAUAGCUGAAUCAUCAGAAUUACUUCAUAGAGCAGAAAAAGGGGUAUUGCCAGAUGUAAAGGAGGGGGAUUCUUUAAAAGUUAAACUACACCAGGAAGAAAAAGACAAUAAUUUAUUGCAAAAGGAGUCAGACUUGAAAAGCACACUGGCCUUGCAAAAGACAGCAUGCGUUACUGACGCAGAAGAUGAGGAAUCUAAGUGCGUCUCUCCUGUGUUUGAUUUUACAGAAGGAAAUGGUGAAAUGAAACAAGGUGAAAACAUGUGCGGUGCAUUAGACUGUGCAUUUUCCAAAACUCAGAACAUAGAGAUUGAAUCUCAAGAGACUGAAUUCAAAGUUAAACCAAAAGAUUUUGGAGGGGAAAGCAGUGAGCCGUUCAAAAUGGAAGAAGUGGAUUCCAUCCAACCUGUCUUAGCAGAAGGCAAACUGACUUCUCGGGCACAGUUUGAAAAAUGUUCAAAUCACCUCUCAGUAACUGAAAGUUUUAAAUACAGUGGAAUAGAAGGGGAACUAAAUAAGCAAAGCAAGGAAGUGGUGACUGAGAACUGUCCCAGUUCGCUUAACUGUGAAGAUGGUAUUGUGAAGAAGAUUUCAGAGAUCAUGUGCCAGGCUACAUCAGAAAAACAUUUUAAUGGUGGAUUGGCUUCCUCUACUCAAGAGGUUUUGGAGACAGUGUGCGUAAAUACUGAGGAAAUGGAUCCUCCCGUUCAAAUGAAAAUUGGCUUGGAGUCUCCAGUGCCUACUGAUCCCAAUUUCAGUCUUCAGGAAGUUGGCAGGUUUGAAACUAAUUUCACAGAAAAUACCACUGACGCCCAUAUAUGGGAAAAUGGGAGAGAUAAAAAGGAUGUGAUAUGUAAUGUGUUUAACUGCUCUCUGGUAAGCAUGGGAGAGAGCUCUGAGAUCCUACCUGCUGAAAAAGAGAGUUCAUGCAAAGAACUGGACUGCCCUGAGAGGGAAUACAUGCCUGAAAAUGAAGUGGAAAUUCCAGGUGAGAAGGAACAGCCGGUGGAUAAAGAACCUCAUCUGUCAGCAGAACCACGUAUCCUGGAUGCAAACUCCUCUGAUAAUUUCUGUUUCCAAAAGCUUUGUGAAGAAUUAGGAUGCAGGACCUCUGUGUGGGAAGCUGGUACAGAUCCAUCUAGAACUGAUGAACAAACAGCUGGAGGAAAAAGUAAAGAAUUGGACAGUGUUGAGAAACCUGAGCGAAGUGACAGUAAAAAGUCUAAAAAUGCUUUUGAAAUCCUAGAACAGAGCAGUGAAUCUGAAGAGAAAGUCUGUCCUGUACAAAAAGACAGGUUUGUGGAAGCGUCUGACUGUGUUCCAAUGUUCAGAGAGGACUUGAGAGUUUCCAGGAUGACUGUGGUGGAGGCUGUGGAAACUGGUGCAAUCGCUGACACUGGUUGCCACCAAGUAUGUGAACUUCAUUCCACAGGGCCCCCGGAUACGAUGGAGACACCCAGUGCAGAUACUAUAACAGAUAGGGAUGCACACUGUGAAGCUAACUCCUCUUCAAGUACUGUAAACAAGUUGUCAGGUUUGGUCGGGGAAGAUUGUCCUGAAGACUUGCCUCCUGUGGAAAGAGGACUUUUAUUAGAGACCUCUGAAGAUACCCAGGGUGCCUGGGAAUGUAGGGGUGAUUCUCAUGGUGCUGAGGGAGUCCAUAGCAAGGGGGAAAGUCUGAUAAAAGCUGGAGCUUCAGGGGAAAGCUUUGCAAUGCCAGGUCCUCCAAAAGAUAGGUUACCAUUAAUGACAUCCUCAGAAACAUAUGGACUUGCUGUAAAAAACAGUGAAUCGGAUACAGGAACAUUAGCACUUAGCAAUUUCUUAGAAGGCAGUGAUUCUGGAAAACAUCAGUUGGAUGUGGAGCAAAGUCAAUUACGUAGUGUUGAUAUAGGGGUAUCGAUGCUUGAAGAAUAUAAUCAUAGUCAAACUCCAACUAUCUGCAGUUUGAGAGACACCAACACUAAUGCUGUGCAAGACAUUCUGAAUAGUGAUGGGAAAAACUGCUCUGCCAAACCUUCUCCAAACCCAGCCCCAUCCGAAGCAGUGUGCAACUCUCAGACACUCAGCCAGCCUUCCGAGUUGGAAAAAGAAACUCCUGAAAAGCCAUGUAUGUUGGAGUUAGGUUCCUGUGUGGAUGUUUCUCUCAAAAAGAACAAUACAUUGAAGAGCAAAGUGCAGGAACCAUCUGAAGUGUUGACUGCGUCAGCUGAGACAGCCGUCCAGGUGACGCAUGGCAGGCUGUCCAAGAGGCUGGCUCGAGGUAAGGGAAGGAAAAACACCCUCAAAGCCAAGGCGGCUCAGCCGGUUCUUGCAAAUGCUGAUACGUCUGUGCCCACAAAAUGUUCAUCUGAGACUAUAAAUAAAAUUAGGCAGGAAAUGGGUCCUCCUCUGCCACCUUUGCUGCUGCCUUUGCUUGCUACUCCUCCAAGAGCUGCGUGUUCUGCAUCCCCAGUAACGACUUCAUCUGAUCGAUGCUCCUUGCUUUCUCCUCUUGACGACCUGAUAUCCCCACUGCGUGAAACUCCAGUUCCUCCUCUCAUGUCUCCGUUGACAGAUACUCCGACAGUCAAGUCCGCCCUUUUGUUUUCCCCUCCAUCUCCCUCGGAAAUGCCAGUAGGUAGAAGAAUUCUCUCUUCUCCUUUGAAAUUCUGUACUUCCAUUCCAAAGCAUGCGCUUCCUGUUCCAGGAAGAUUCCCUCUGUGUGCAGCUGAGGGUGCUGCUCCAGUUGUUGCUCAGGAGAACUCUGUGAGAAUCCUGGACACUAUGUAUCCGGAGCUGUCUGCAAGGGCAAGAACACUAAACAUUUUGAAAGGCAAUAUUCAGCUUAACCGAAGCGCCCUUCCAGAUGGCCACAAUUUGCCAGGGCCUGUGACCCAAAUAGGUGGGUUCAAAGCAAUUGCAUCUACAUCAACUGCUUUUGUUAAAACUGGCAGCAAUUUGAAAGCUGACAGUAGCAAAGAACAACCCAAAGACACUCAAGACCAGCAGCUGUUUUCCAGUGCACUGAAUCGUGCUGGGAAAAGGACACUAAUGCCAAUGCCAAGAAGUGCAAAGAGGCUGAGGUUGGACAGCGAAUCGCCAAAGCUGGAACCCAGUGACACUGCUGCUGUCAGAACAGCUGAAAAUAAAAUGCCUGAAGAGCAGGGGCCUUUGCAUGUCAAGAGCUGUGAAAUCAGUGAGUCCAGCUCCACUGCACAAGCAUCUUCAUCAGCAAAGAAGGUUAUUGAUGCUGAUUGCCAAAUAGUUACUGUGGCACUGAAGAAAAUUGCUGAAUCCUGUUUCGACUUGUUACCUGUUAUUCGAAGUCACGUGUACGUAGGCAAUAUCUCAAAGAUCCCAGUAAUGACAGAUGAAGAGAAAGAAGUUGUCUACGAAUUUGGUGUCACAAACAAGCAUUUAGCAGAGUCACUGCUGAACACCGUUCUCAGUAAACUCAAGACUCAUAAGACCACUUCAAAUCACAAUUUCACUCAGGCUCUCUGUAGAAUUUAUGUAGGAAUUUGUCGGCAGCUGGGAGACCUGGAAAGAGCCCGCCUGUUCUGCUAUAGCUUACUCAAAGAAGACUUUCCCAACUCGGAGAAAUUGAUUUUAUUUAUCACAACUGUGUGGCCUGACAUGUUUUCCUUCCAAGGUGUGAUUAACAAAGCUCUGCAAUUAGUUAUCAGGCAGCGUGUCAAGGAUGAGGUGCUGGCCUGCCUGAGCGCUUAUCUGCCCUGGGAACAGAGUUCGCCGUCGGAUGCUGGUGAUAUGGUCUCAAGCCUGCUUGCAGAAAUGCAGUCGUGUCCAAAAGCAGAAUUCCGGCCGAGCGAGCGUUACGGGGAGGACCUGAAUGAAGUUGCGUGGCAGUUCAUAUUUGCUGUUGAUCUCCUCUGCUCCCACCUGAAGUGGGACUGGACACAUGACAACGUCAUAAGCAAAGUGCUUUGGCCUUGUAUGGAUAAAUGGAUAAAAAACAGAAAAGGUCAUGAAGUGGUUCAGUCCAUUCCUGAUACUAUGAUAGCAUCAACACUUAGGCUAAUUGGUCGACUGGGCCAAAUAGGUUUGAAGGAAGGAUAUCUUUCCGCUGUGAGGAAUAUUAGUUCUGUGAUUGGGUUGUUUGUACAGCAUGCGAAAGAAGAAGAUGUGCCCUGGGGCGUGCAGCUGGCAGCUGUGUAUUCACUGUGCGACCUGGGUGCGAGCAAUCCCAUGGGAAUUGUUGAGGCCAUCCGUGCUUGGGAAAAAACAGCUCCAAACAGCAUCCCUUCUGCUGUCACAAGCAGCAUAGCUGAAAUCUCCUCCGUGUGCAAAACGGGCUUAAGCUAA